AACUUAUGCAAGCUAUUCAAUGACGCAUCAAUUACAUGAUUUAAAGGGAGAAAAUACAUAACAAUAUUUAAGUGACAUCUUAUUUCAUGGAAUUUAAUAGUUCUGUUUAAGUGACAUAUAACGAUUAUACGUCUUUUUAUAAGAAACGUUGGUAUUGGUAGCUAAGUAUGGAAACAUCGAAUUGGAAAGUCAAGAUAUCUGGGUAACGAAAAGGGCAAGACGAGGAAAGGGAUUCUGGGAUACAUAUUACUCGAAGCGGGAAAGAAGAAACUGGAAUGAAGUUCGUAGGGUGUUGAUCUAAAACCUCCAGAAAAUAUUUUUUCAAUGCGAUUCCCGUAAAAUGAAACCAAGAGGUAUUCCGAGGCAAAGCAAACAAGCAGAAUCGCAUCUGGAUGGCGGUCAGUGCAAGGAGACUUCAGAAAGAGGGCUUAAAACUGUGACUGAAACAAACCCCUUACAAAACAAGCCCCUUUUUGGGAAAGGUUUUUAUUUGGAUUUACCAUUCAAUAAAAAAACCGAAACCUUGGAAAAGGACAUCAGGAUUCUGGGAGGAACUGUUGAGAAAUUCUUCAGCAAGGACAUAAAGUACCUGGUGUCCAACCAGAAAGAGGCCAGGUAUGUCCAGAGCUUGGGCCGGAACUCUCCCGUUCCCAGCCCGGCUGACUCCGGCCGCAGCUCCCCUCAUCCCAGCAGCCGGAGGGGCAGUCAGAAAGGGAGCUCGCUGGGGCCCCUGGAAGCUGUGAUUACAAGUCGAGGCAAAUCGUUAGUAGAGAAGGUCAUAAAGGAGCAGGAACGGAUUCAAAUCAACAGAAUCUUGUCCAACGCUCUGGAGUGGGGAAUAAAAGUCCUUUACAUUGACGAUGUAAUAUCCUAUAUCGAAAAGAAGAAAAGGGUUAUCGCCCCACAGCUACCAAAUAAUGCAUCUGCUCCUGCCAAUAAAAUGGCUAAAACUAGAACCACGGCGCAACCUGCUUUUCAGAAAUAUGAGGCUGGAAGGAUCAGUAAGCCUUUUGUGAAGGUAGAAGAUUGUAGCAGGCACUACAGGCCAAUCUACCUUCAUAUACCACAUCUUCAGUUGAGCUUGUCCUCUGUACCUCCUUGCAGUCCUUUUUUUGCAGAAGAGAAUGGGAAAGACAGUCCAGCAAAGAAACCAAAAGAACACAGGAACAGGGGUCUGAAAGCUGCAGCGAGGGAGGCCUGCCGGCCCGUCAAGGCCAAGGCCAAAGCCCCGGACGCUAGGCUGAAGAAACGGGGAGGCUACUGCGAGUGCUGCCUUGUCAAAUACGAAAGUGUGAAAGCGCAUCUGAAUGGUGAGCAGCACCAGGCCUUUUCUAAGAGCGGAGAGUACCGCGUGGUGGACCGGGCCGUCUCACAACUCGCCUGCUGCUUCACUGAAAUCCGCCAGCAGUCGAAAAGGCCGAAAUGGUCUAUGUCUUCUGUGGUGUACACCGCCGGGACCAGGGGAAAGUUUGAGGGAAGGAAAGACGCGUGUGUGAAAUUGGAGCGCAGUGCGGGAGACGGAACGGGGGCGUCCUGCGUGUGCUCCCCUGCAGCCCAGUCCAGCAGCGCCAGGGACACUGCGGCUCACAGACUGAGGACCUCCAGCAGCCCUGGGUCUGACCCCCCGGCCCCAUCACACAAACCCCACACGUCUGAGGCUUCCAGACGGCUGGAGAGCCCUGAGCACCGUCAGAUGGUGCAAGGCAGAACGUGCGUGUCCGAUCCUGGAAGACCGUCUGCCGACUCUCCGGAGACGAACCCGGGACUCACUGGCGGGGAGCUGGAAAACAGAAGAACUUGCGAAGACGGCCGGUUGUCGCUAAAUGUCGAUGAGGAUUUCCAGUGUUCUCUUCCACCCCAAAGCCUUAAAACUACCUCAAGCCAAACUCUCUCCGCAACUUUGGCGAACCCGACACAGGAACCGUUAGCGGAGUGUGAACAGACUCAAUGUCAAUGGAAAGAGACCUCAAAAGAAAAGGCAGUGGACACAACCGGCCACCAUGGUGGCAAAACACAAAGCCCCCCCGGCCGGAGAUUACAAAGGAAAGUCAGGAAUUUUAGAAGACGGAGGAAAAUCAAAAAAACUCCCAGGCGCCCCUGUAAAGAGGAGGACACUUGUUGUUCUCAGCAGAAUCUGUGGCAGCUGUUCCAGUCAAGUGAGGACAUGGACCUCGAAUUCAAGGGCUUCACUGACUGAUAACUGAUUCGCGUUUUGCUGUAAAUUUCUAAAUGUUAUCCCCAUGCUUGCCAAUUUCCUUCCUUUUUUUUUAUUUUUAACAGAGCAGCUACUCAAUUAUGUGAACUGUGUUGCAUAAUAUUCUUUUCAUAAUUUGUAAUCCUGUUACAAAAAUGCCACUGGAGAUAACAGAAGUUGACUCGAGUUCGUUACUCUGAAAAAUGUUCUCUGCAGACUUGAAAAUAUAUUGCUGGUGUAGAAAACUAAUUUUGCCAACACCAACCAGCUCCUUGUCUGAAGCUUGAAUCAGACAUAAUUUUUCAGAGGGAAAUGUUGAACCACUUUCGGUUAACUUUUUAAACUCAAUCCUAUUUAAAUCAUAAAAUGUUCACUGCAGCAUAAUGCAUUGUGAUGUGUACAUAUUGUAUUAAAGAAAUGAACUUCAGUGUAUGAAUCUGAAAAUAUUUUUAAUAAAUUGACAACGUAACUUUUUGUAACAUAAA